ACCUUGUUAGGUUACCCUAAUCAUGGUUGCUAAGCACAUGUCUUUUGAGUUCAUUAUUCUUCAAAGAGCACUUUUGUUAUAAUAAAACACAUCCUAAUACAUAUAUGAUAUAUAUGAAUACAUAUAAUACAUAUGAAAUUAAUGCAUUUUAAUUUCAUAAGAAAAUUCCAUUAAACUGAAUUUAGUAAUAUUUAACAAAAUAAAAAUAUAUAUUUACUGUAUACAUUAUGUAUCAGGCUAUUAAUUUAAUUGUAUUAGAGUGUAUCCAGCCAAGUCAGUUUAAACCUUAAAUGCAUGGGUGUUUCACCAAACAUUAUUACAUACUUGGAUUUUUAGAGACUUGGCACAUAUAUCUAUCACUAAUGUAUCUACAAAAUGCCCAGAUGGUGUCAAAGUUUCUAAACAUUUUAAAAACAAUUAGAAAAUAAAAUAGAAUAUAUUAUUAUAAGUUUUGAUGUAUUAUUUGUCAUAUAUCAAAGAGACAAUGCAACAAAUAUAAUGAACAGAAAUUAAUAGGAUUCAUUACUUUGACACUGAAAUUUCAUGAGACACAACUGGCUGUCAAACAUAUAAUGAAUGAGCUACAUACAGUAUAACACGUAAGGCGCACUUAUGUAUUUUCUCAUGCCUUUUUACUUACAUAAUCUCAGUAGUACACCCAAAUGACAAUAGCCAAAUCAUACUGUUUAUGUGUUACACUUGCUAUAGUUUACUUCCAAGUUGCUUCUUCAUCUAAUAGCAUUGUCAAAUGUAAAUCAAGUCAAUCACUGACACGUCAGCGCCACCUUGAGUAAGAAAUAGCAUGUAUAAUAUCCAUGUGUGGACACACAUGUGAAAUACUGAUAAUUCACAAUUGUCAUACAGAAAAUCUGUGUAAUUUGUAUGAAUAUAGUACUAAUUUGUCUUGUUAUAAACAAAUAACUAUAUAUCAUGUGAUAGUAAACUUAUAUAGAUAAGAAAUAAUCAUACAAAUAUUAUUUAUGGAAGUGCCAAACAAAAACGAAGUAGUAUAUUGGUAACGAAGCAGUAAAAAAAAAAAAUGUUUUGCCUUUAUUAUUUUGCCUUUUUUAUAUAUAUAUUCAGAAGAGAACGGUUGAGGAAUACUAGGUGUGCAUGGGCAUAGCUUAAAAAAAAAAUUAUGAGGUACAGGGGUUGGAAUGAGGUCCCGGUCACUGAAGUAUAAUGCUGAUAUAGUUCAAACUAGGCAGAAAGGCCAGGUGUGAUCCACCUUUCAUAAAACAUUAUCAGAGCAAACCCCGUUAUAUGACCAAUGCAGGUGUAUGUAUCAUUGUAAUCAUUCACCUGUUUAGUUACAAUUUGGCUUGCAAAAACAAACAAACGGAUGUGCUGUCAUAGGGCAGGCUAUAGGAAGGUGCAACGUCAGAACACUUGUCACUAUCAUUCUCAAUUUAAAAACUGGCGCUAUCGGCUCUUUAACGCUUGAAACGCCGGUAUGUCUCGAGGCAUCAAAAUAAGACAUUGUUUGUUGCCAUUACCCACUUCGUGUCAACGCGAACUUAACUGCCGUUCCAUGGGGGUGCGUGGCAAGGCAAAGAUAGUGGCAAGUGCCAACGGGCAUUACAACAGCCAGGGGCCAUCUGCCAGCCUAGCGAACUAGCAGCAACCCCACCAGCUGCAGUCGCAAAACGCCCUUACAAAGCAGGACAUGCAAGCAGCUUCUGACGUCUGCGGCCACACUGCGCUACAAAGCGUACCGAAGAGAGAGCGGAAACCAUGAGAAACUACCCUUCAAAACAGCGUGAUUCUGAAACCAAUGCGUUUGACGGGGGCACCAGCGAGAACAUUUCAGCCGAUUUGUAAUGCGCGAUUAGUUUUGACGAAUAUUUACCCCACUGAAAUAAAUAAAGGACUCAUGCAGGGGCAGUUCAAUACCUCGACAUGGCGGCAAGAAAAAGAGGAGAGCUUUUUACUAUUUUGGAAACUAGCACUGACACAGAAACAAUCGCGGUAUCCGACAGCGAGGGCUCUCCGUUAAAUCUCCCCGUCGACGUGAAGUGGUUCGAGAUUCCUUUCAGAAAGUCCGAGUCGGACGUCGAAGACGAAGAACUGCAGGAGAACAAGGGGGGGACUGAGCUGGAGAUCACAGCGGCAGCAGCAGAAGAAGAGACUGCGGACUCCGCCAGCUACAUCGCGGGAGGCGGCUGCAAUAUUAUUUUAGUCACUGGAAACGGGAUCACGCACGAAGAGUAUGAAGAGGACUCCUAUUAUGCGACUUCCAAUAACUGCUCUGAAACAUCUUCAACCGAUUCGGAUAUCGAUUUUUCAGAUUUAGAAGAGGAGGAGCACACGGAUUUAUUUGGCACGUAUGAUGCCUUUCAUGAAGAAUGCACCUCUCCGGAUUUCUGGGGAGAGCCUGACCAGGUCAUAUCAAUUGAGCCAUUCACCGCUGACAGUGGCCCUCAGCACUCGCUAGGGGAUGAUGCUGACACUUUAGACUAUUUCCGGUUGCUCUUCCCAGAUUCAUUGUUUGAACACAUGGUAGAACAAACAAACAACUACGCCCUCUAUCGGCAAAGGAGAAGCGGUAGAUCCGACACCCACUGGCACCCAACUGACAUUAGAGAAAUGAAGGCAUAUGUUGGUCUUAACAUUCUAAUGGGUAUCAAUCAGCUCCCAGAUUUUGGCAUGUACUGGGCAAGUGACAUUUUCAUAGGCAAUGCUGGAUUUAAAAAAACAAUGACUGCCCGGCGUUUUGAAAAACUCAACCAAAAUCUGCACUUGUGUGACCGCGAGUCCGAGCCUUCCAAAGGUGAGCUGGGCUACGAUGGACUUUACAAAAUUCGCCCUUUGCUGGAUAUGGUUGGAAAUACCAUUUGGGAUGCCUAUCUACCUAACCGUUGUUUGACUAUUGAUGAAUGUGCUAUUGUCACAAAGGGCCGCUUUUCCCCAACACAGUACAUGCCUUCCAAGCCUUUGCGAAAGGGCCUUAAGGUGUGGAUGCUUUGUGACUCUCGCUCAGGCUACUGCCACCGCACUCAUAUAUAUGUUGGGAAGCCUAGUGACGAUCUGGCAGCUGCUGCUGUGGGCCACAAAGUAGUGGUGUCACUGGUGAGGGGGCUUGAGGGUAGGCACCACCAUCUUUUCAUGGACAGCUUCUUCAUAUCUGUGGCCCUGCUGCAGCAUCUACUGCAUCAAGGGCUCUAUGCCUGUGGCCCAACCAACCCAUGCCGCCGUGGCUAUCCCGAUGACCUCAAACCUCGCAAUGUUGGAAAACUCGCAACGGGUGAGUUCUAUCAGUGUCAACAUGGCAACCUUGUGGCCACCGUCACGAGGGAUGCCAAAAUCGUUAGCUGCCUUUCAUCCAACUCUGCACCUGGCAUUGUGGGCAUCGGGCCGGGCAAGCGAGAAGGAGAUGCGAGUGAUGGAGACUGUGCUGGUAUAGCAGGGCUUGCGAUAACACGUCCGCUCCCUCUGCUUUUAUACCAGGAGAACAUGAUGGGUGUAGACCUAUGUGACCAGCUAAGGGAGUGCUACCACGUUGGGAGGCCUUGCAAAAAAUGGUGGCGCUACUUUUUGUGGUUUUAUAUUAACCUCUGCAUCGUCAAUGCCUAUGUGGUUUUGCGUGAGAGUCGAGGAGGGUCACCACCAGCAGGCUUUAAUGGUAAACAGUUUACACAACGUCAUUUCCGUAUUCGCCUGGCACAGCAGCUGAUUGGUGACUAUCAGGGGGCAAGGGGCAUGGAACGAGCCGCCCGCAAACGGCAUGCAGAUUCACCCCUGGAGUAUGGGCACUGCCUUGAGCGCAUGUCAGAACGGUCACGUCGCUGUCGGAACUGCACAAACAAAGGCCUGAGACAUGAGAGUGUUUUUGGCUGUAAGAUCUGCAACGUGCACCUGUGUAGAGGAGGGUGCUUCAGUGAAUUCCAUAAAUAGGCAUUUUGUUUAUUUGUGUAUGCAGCAUUAAAACAGUGGAUUUCUUAUCUAAAGGCAACCACUGCAAGUGCUGUACCAGUCAUAGUAGUCUGAUUUGAAUAGUAAUUGUAUUGUAGUAGUUGCCAUAGUAAUGCACGAUUUGCAAGUAAUUAGACAAUUAUACAUUUGCAUUAGAGUAGAUCUAAUUGACUUUCAUAUUGCAAACAAAAGGCCUUGUCACUUUUAUAUGAUGAUAAACAAAAAUGCAUUUUAUGGAUUAAUAAAACUUUUCAACACAUACAUUGACACCUGAAAUGGCAUAUGUUUUCUGUGAAAAGUUAUUAAAUUUGUAAAGGAGA